GUCAGUCGAAUCGAAGAAGAAAAAAGUGGACAGAAGCGAACACGAAAGAGGCAGAUAAGCAUAGUGAAAGAAAACUCGUUUUCCAUUACGCCUGGCUGGAAAAUUAAGGUCCAAUCCUGGUGCACAGUGUUGAUAUUUUUGGAAAAUUAACUGAAAACAUGUCUACGGAAGUUGCUAUUCCGCCCCCGGUUGUAUGGGCCCAACGAAAUGAUGUUCUGUAUUUGACGCUAAACGUUGAGUGUCCGGAUCCUACUUUUAAGUUUACAGAGGACUCAAUGUAUUUCAAAGGAGUCUGCCUGCCGGAAAAGAAAACGCAUGAAGUCACCGUCAACUUCUACAGCAAAAUUAAUCCGGACAAAGUAGUCAGUAAAAACAGUCGGUGCAUCGAAUUCGUUAUCACCAAAGCUGAUACGAAGGCAUCCUACUGGCCAAAGCUGACGAGCGACAAAACCAAACCCCACUGGCUCAAAGUUGAUUUCAACCGGUGGAAGGACGAGGGCUCGGACGACGAGAUGAAUGAAGGCGAUAAUGCAAUGUCUUUGGAAGAUAUGUUGCGGAUGAAGAACGAUAGUAAACUCUCUUUUGACGAUUUCGAAGACGAUCAGGAAGAUUCGGAUGACGAAGCAAUGCCUGGUUUAACCGAGGACAAGGACGACAAGGAUAAUGAGGAGAAGAAGUAAUGGGGAUAUCCUUUUUGUACGCUUCGUUCGCUAUUGAAAGGAAAACAAGAAAAAAGAACAAUGCCAAGCAGUCAGAAAUAACCAUUGAAGUGUGUAAUUUUAUUUAAGAUGUAAGGAGGUAUAAAAACAUAAACAAAAAUUAGACUGUUAAGAUACGUUUGAGAGCGUUGCGUUCUGCAAUUUAAAUUAGUAGAGGGAAAGGAUUUUCAAAUAAGGAACAAACUAGGAGAUUGUAAGUCUCUACAAAAUACAACAGAAUACAAUAACGGGGAAGGUCCGUUGUGAAUCUUACAUCCAUUCGUUCUCUCAUUUGCCUUGGUUUAGUUUUCUGUUUUAUUCUAAAUAAGAAAAUAAACACAUUAAAAUAUCAAA